AUGCUUGAGUUUUUAUUGUCACUAAACAGUAAAGGGAAGCCAGCACACGGGGUCAUCAAUGAAAUUGUCAAGAAGUACGAUGUGCAUAGGAGGACAGUAGGAAGGAUAUGGAGACAGAUUCAGGAUCAAAAAGAGAAUAAUCAAGUACCAAUAACUGUCAACAACAAGAAGAAAGGCAGCAAAGGAAGGCCAUUCAUCCCCUUUGAUGAAAAAAAGUUCAAGUCCAUUGAAAAAGUGAAGAAGACAAGUUUAGCAGCACUAUCAAAGGCCAUGGGAGUUAGCCAAACCACAAUUUGCAGAUGGAAAAGAAAAAAGUACUUUCAAAAGCACACCAACGCAAUCAAACCGUUACUUACAGACAAAAAUAAACUGGACAGGUUAAUGUUUUGUCUUACUAGUUGCAUUUUAGAUGAGCAAACAAGAAACUUCACAUUUAAUGACAUGCCAAAUGUAGUGCACAUAAUUGAAAAUUUGUUUUACAUUAAAAGGACACAACAAACAUUUUAUCUUACUCCAGAUGAAAUCGAGCCACAUAGAGAAAUCCAAUCUAAAAGAUUUGUGCCCAAGAUCAUGUUUAUGUGUGCCAUUUCAAGACCAAUCUUUUCUAGUGAAGGUGAGACGAUUUUUGAUGACAAGAUAGACAUAUUUCCUUUUAUACAUGAAGUGGCAGCACAAAGAAGUUCAAAACACAGGAAGAGAGGAGAGCCAAAGACCAAACCAAUACAAUCAAUCACUAAAGUACACACAAGUGAUAUGAUUGUGCACAAGAUACUACCAGCAAUUAGAAGUAAAUGGCCACCACAUUUAAGCAAAACGAUAUUCAUUCAACAGGACAAUGCUAAGCCACACAUUUUAAAUGAUGAUGUAGUAUUUAGAGAGGUGGCAACACUUGAUGGAUUUAGCUUCCACUUAGUGCAACAAUCUCCUAACUCACCAGAUAUGAAUGUGCUUGACUUAGGGUUCUUUAGGUCAAUACAAUCGUUACAACAUCAAAAAUCAGCAUACAACUUUGCACAGUUAGUAAAUGCGGUGAGUGCAACAUCUAACAAUCUACAUCCAAAUGCAUUGAAGUAUGUAUGGAUCACACUACAAGCAUGUAAAGUUGAGGUUAUUAAGAAACUAGGUGGUAUAGAUUAUGACAUUCCACACAUGAACAAAUCAAAACUUGCAAGGGAAGGAAGACUCCCACAUUGUUUGGGGGUACAAAAGGAAAUUAUUUACGAGGAAAUACGUUAUCUGGAUAGAAAGGUGGAUGAAACGAGGUCAUUUUAUUUUACUUGA